AUGGCUUUGAACCACGCUUCUCACAAUCCCACUGGGGAGAAGACGGGCCCAGCAACAGGCCAGCCACCUCCACCAUCAGCAGAAAGCAAAAACGCAAUCUUGGAAGCUGCGAAUAGCGACAUCCAAGGCCAGUCGGCCCCAGGCAAAGAUGGCGGCGACGCGAAUGCACCCAAGAAGGAGAAGACGGAGAAAGAGCUAGCAAAAGAGCGGGCGAAGGCGGAAAAAGAAGCCAAGUUCUUGGCAAAGCAGCAGAAGCAGAAACAGCAGCAGGCAGCAUCUGCGCCUAAACAGCAGAAGGAGAAGAAACAGCAGACAAAGCUGCCGCCGUACGUCGAAAAGACGCCCAAGGGAGACAAGAAGAUCCUCGAGCCUUUGGACGACGAGUAUCACAAGGCCUACAAUCCAUCUGUUGUGGAGAGCGCGUGGUACGACUGGUGGGAGAAGGAAGGCUUUCACAAGCCCGAGUUCAAGAGCGAUGGCAAUGUUAAAGAUGCUGGCUACUUUGUCAUCUCCAUACCCCCGCCGAAUGUCACCGGCGCUCUGCACAUCGGACACGCGCUAGCCACCUCUUUGCAAGACACCAUGAUCAGGUGGAAUCGUAUGCAAGGCAAGACUGUGCUCUUCGUGCCGGGAUGCGAUCAUGCAGGUCUAUCAACUCAGAGCGUGGUCGAGAACAUGCUCUACCGCCGACGAAACGGUACCACACGCCAUGAUCUCGGCAGAGAAAAGUUUGUUGAAACUGUCUGGGAGUGGAAGGAGGAAUACCACGCCAAGAUCAACAAGGGCAUGAAGCGACUUGGUGGCUCGAUGGACUGGACGAGAGAAGCCUUUACCAUGGACGAGAAUCUGUCAGCAGCUGUUCGACAGACUUUCAUUCAGCUACAUGACGAAGGUCUCAUCUACCGCGCCAACCGUCUGGUGAAUUGGUGCACAGCUCUCAACACAUCCCUUUCCAAUCUGGAGGUCGACCAAAAAGAGCUCGAAGGCUCGACAAAGCUCGACGUUCCGGGUUAUGACAAGAAGAUUGAGUUCGGUACCAUUUGGAACUUCAAGUAUCCUAUCGACGGUACCAAAGAAUUCAUCGAGGUUGCCACCACUCGUCCCGAGACCAUGCUUGGCGACACUGGUGUUGCUGUCCAUCCCACUGACGAGCGGUACAAGCACCUCAUCGGGAAGAAGGUCAAGCAUCCGUUCGUCGACCGUCUCCUUCCCAUUUUCGGCGCCGACGAUGUCGAGAAGGACUUCGGGACUGGUGCCGUCAAGAUUACACCUGCGCACGACUUCAACGAUUUCAAGCGAGGCAAGGCGAACAAUCUCGAAUUCAUCAAUAUCCUGAAUGACGAUGGCACCAUGAACGAGAAUGCCGGGCCUUUCGCUGGACACAAGCGCUUCGAUGUUCGAUACGAGAUCAUUGAUGAGCUGACCAAGCUGGGGUUGUACGUUGGGAAAGAUAACAACAAGAUGCAGAUCCCUCUGUGCAGCAAGUCAAAGGAUGUCAUUGAACCAGUGCUGAAGCCGCAAUGGUGGAUGUAUAUGAAGCCGCUGGCAGAGCCUGCUAUCGAAGCUGUGAGGAAGGGCGAGAUUAAGAUUAUGCCUGCUCUUGUCGAGCGCGACUACUUCAGAUGGAUGGAGAACAUCGACGACUGGUGCAUAUCACGCCAACUUUGGUGGGGGCACCAGAUCCCAGCAUACUACGUCAAGCUGAAGGAGGGUGGCGCGUACGACUCAGAUCCACAGUAUUGGGUGUGCGGUGAGACAGAAGAGGACGCUCGCAAGAAGGCAGAAGCGAAAUUCCCAGGCAAGGAGUUCGAGCUGGAGCGCGACCCUGACUGUCUUGAUACAUGGUUCUCAUCUGGACUGUGGCCAUUCUCGACGCUCGGAUGGCCCAACAAGACACACGACUUCGAGAAGCUGUACCCGACAUCUGUGCUCGAGACUGGAUGGGACAUUAUCUUCUUCUGGGUUGCACGUAUGAUCAUGUUUGGCAUCAAGAUGACAGGCAAAGUCCCCUUCACGGAAGUGUACAACCAUGCCCUCAUUCGAGACUCUGAAGGACGCAAGAUGUCAAAAUCGCUCGGCAACGUCAUCGAUCCGAUCGAUAUCAUGGACGGUGUGUCCCUUGAAACGCUUACUGAAAAGCUAAAAGCAGGUAAUCUGGCGCCAAAGGAGAUUGAGAGAGCUACGAAAUGGCAGCAGAAAGCCUUCGCUGGUGGCAUUGACGAGUGCGGCGCUGACGCACUACGAUUCACCCUCAUCAACUAUGCCACCGGAGGAGGAGACAUCAACUUCGACGUCAAGGUUAUGCGCGGCUACCGUAAUUUCUGCAACAAGAUCUACCAGGCGACAAAGUACGUGCUCGGCAACCUGCCUGCCGACUUUAAGCCCAAGGAGAAGGGCGGCAAGACUGGGAAAGAGAGUCUUCCGGAGAGAUGGAUCUUGCACAAGCUCACGAUUGCUGCCCGCGAUGCCAAUAAUGCCCUCCAAGCGCGUGAGUUCUCCAAAGCGACCCAAGCCAUCUACGGGUACUGGUACUCAGAGCUGUGCGACGUCUAUAUCGAGAACAGCAAGGCGAUCAUCCGAGACGGGACAACAGAGGAAAAGCAGAGCGCCAUUGACACGCUCUACACCGCACUCGAAGGCGGCUUGACCAUGAUCCACCCCAUGAUGCCUUUCUUGACGGAAGAGCUUUGGCAGCGUCUCCCACGCCGGCCGAACGACAAUACUCCAAGUAUAGUGCGCGCCGCUUACCCACAAUACGACCAGACGCUUGACGAUCCGAAGUCAGAGCGUGACUACGAGCUCGUGCUUGGCUGCUCUAAAGGUCUCCGAUCUCUCCUCAGCGAACACGGCAUCAAGGAGGGCGGUAUCGGUCUCGUGCAAACCCUCAAUCCGGAAGCGACAAAGACAGCUGAAGAAUAUCUCGCGUCUAUCAAAGCUCUUGCAAAGGGUACCGCAGAACUCAAGAUCCACUCCACCGAAAUCCCGGACGGCUAUUCCGUGUACCCAGUAUCCAGCGCCGCGAACAUCUUCCUCCAAAUCCCGAACCCUGAUCCCGCUGCCGAAAUCAAGAAGCAGAAACCGAAGCUCGAGGAAAGCGCAAAAGCUGUGCAAGAGCAGCAAAAGCUCAUCUCGGAAUUGGCGUCUGGUGUCAGUGAGGAGAUUAAGGCCAAGGCAGAUGCUAGACUGAAGGAUCUCUUUAGCGAGCAGAAGGCUUAUGAGGAUAGUUUGGCGCGGUUCGAGAAGAUGAAGUUGUAG